GCAAGGAAUACAAGUCAAUCGCAUUCAAUGUUACGAAUCAAUCAUCGUCAUCAUAUAGCCCAGAGUACAAGAGGUUCUAUUUUAUCUAUGGUACAAGUACGGUCGACUGCAUAAAUCCCAAAGGACGCAGCAUAUUGUUCGUAAUCAAGAACCUAUGAGAAUACCACUGUUUCACUGAUGGAGAGACGGUCCAUAAUUCUUCGACUCUUAUCCUCUGCUAUCCUCUUUACGGGAAUUAUUACAAUAAUGCUUGUAUAUAUCACAAGUUCAAAUCUAAAACUAGCUGCACACUUCACUUCUAAAAGUUACCAUGUAAAUCAUCAUUUGGCAGCGCAGAUGAGGUGCAAGGAAUACAAGUCAAUCGCAUUCAAUGUUACGAAUCAAUCAUCGUCAUCAUAUAGAAACUACUGGACGUCUAAACAGUUUAAUGAGUCUGAUAAUUACGAUUUCAACACUAGUUAUUCAGCAAUCAAGAAAGCAUUGUACUCGUUGAGACGUCUUCUUCCACACAAACUUGUCAUUUUGAUUGAAAAUCAAACAAUGAAAAAGAAGAAACUAAUAACGAAACAACGAAGACAACGAAUAAAAUGGAGAAAAAAACAAGAACAAUCAAGAGAUGACUUUAAAGCGCUGUCAAUUACUUUGAUUCAAAAUGCAAAAUGGAAAGAAGUUCCAAAGAUAUAUUCAACAGUUCCGAAAAAACGGUCUUGUGCAGUCAUUGGAAAUUCUGGCAUCCUACUCAAUAGCUCUUGUGGAUGCGAAAUCGAUUCACAUGAGUUUGUAUUGCGUUCGAACAUCGCGCCAAUUUUAGGAUUCGAAAAAGACGUUGGAUACACACACGGCUUUGUUUCAUUAAAUCUUGAACUUUCACAGAUUGCCACCUCUUGUUUAAAAAAUUCAUCGAAUCCAUGUUUUGAAGAAAUGGUGAAUAGGUUUAAAGUUUAUGACCAAUCAAUAAUCUGGCUCUCCAAACUUAGUGGUAAACCAUCGAAGAAAACUUAUCUUGGAGUAUUAUCGCAGCUGCAAAAACACAACAUAAAUCCAAAGAUUGCAUACCCUUUCACAUCGAUUGGAACACGUAUUAUAAGUCUCUGGAACAUAACAAAUCCGUCGUCAGGUCUUUAUCUCUAUACUGUGGCAGCAUCUUUAUGCGAUGACAUCUCCUUGUAUGGUUUCUAUCCGUUUUACACAUCAUCGGACGGUACGCAAUUAAAACAUCAUUACUAUGAAAACAGAUCAAUGGACUACGCAAAAUCACAUCGCAUGCCGGAAGAAUUCAAAUUGUUCACAGUUUUACAUAAAUUUGGGUUUAUUCGAUUGGUUUUAGACAGAUGUUCACAAGAUAGUAGGAGAUUGUAAGUCUCAGCUAAAAUAUCUUGAAUAUAAAACAAAUAAUAAUGUUGUAUACAAUUCUAUAAUGUUUAUCUGUGAUGAAUGAAACUACUAUAAUAAUUAUUGUAAUUAAUAAAUGU